GGUGAUAAGAGAACGGAGAAGUGAGAAUCAAGAAAUCAGACUUCAGAAGUUCUUAUUUAUUACCGUUAAAAAAUUAGUUUCAUAUAAAUUAAAAAAAACACGUUUUCAUACCAUUAUGUCAAGUAGAUGGUACCCAAUAUAUCAGCGAGGGAACCCUCAAUUGCGAGUGUUUUUACCAAAUUUUUGGAUGAAGUUAUUACGACCAGAAGAGAAACAACCGAAAAAUGUAGUACAAUUUGCAGUGCCUACUGGAAUGAGCAAUUAUGAUAUUAAAAACUAUUUAGAAAAAAUAUAUAAAGUUACAGUUAUUAAUGUAGAAUCGGAUAUUGAAAAUGGUCUAUUGAGAAGGGCCAUUAGAAACAAAUAUGGACAAGUUGUUAAAGAUGAUGAUUUUAGACGCGCGUAUGUUACAUUGCCUCGUGAUCAAGAAUUUGAAUUUCCUGAAGUAUGUACUAGUGAGGAAAAUAAAAAACGACGUGAUGAUGAUGAAAAGUCAACAAAAAUGUCUCGAGAAAUGUACAAAGGUUUCCUGGAUAAAAACAAGGACAGACCUGGUUUUCCUGGGUGGUUUUCAUUUUAGAUUUAUUUUAAUCAUUUAGGUACAUGUAAAUAAAUUUGUAGUAGUUUUGUAAUAUCUGAAAUAAUUAUAGUUAUUAUAUAUUAAACUCUUGAAUAUUGUUUAUUAAAUACACACAUUUUUUUUUAAAAAUA